AUGAGCACUGAAGGCUGCUCCGCACCCGCCGCCGCUACGGUCUCACCGAUGGCGCUCUCUACAACGGGUGUCUCGUCGAACGCCACCACCGCUAUAGUGACAUCAGUUGCCACCUCUAACGCCGCCCCUGCGUCCUCCCGACCGGAUGCCAGUCAGAUGGACCUAGCAAGUCUCUUCGAGUGCCCGGUCUGCACAGACUUUGCCCUGCCGCCCAUCCUCCAGUGUCAGAGUGGUCAUAUUGUCUGCGCCGCCUGUCGUGCCAAGCUUUCCUCCUGUCCCACUUGUCGCGGCACCCUAGGUGAGUGCUCCUGUUCGCCUGCUUUGCCCUCUCUCUCUCUCUCGUUGGAAUAUUUUAUGUACGUCAAAGGUUCUCUCGGUUCCACGCCUCUCACCACUGAAGCCUUUUGUGAACCUUUAUUUUACGGCUCAUUUCUUGCGUGUGUUGCAUUUUUUGCUUGGGUUUCCCCGAUUCGAAAGAAUCUGUGGUAAUCUUCACCGAGUGCUAAGGCCGGUAAUCGGGACACCCGUCCAUUUUCUUACUUGCUAGAGGUGAUUUAAUACAGCUCGUUUAUGGCUCUUAAUCACAUAAAGAGAAAGUGUAAUUACCAACUGGGGGGAAGCUUUGUUUAUCGUGAUGAGGACCUCGGUGUUUACGCUCAUGUUAUGAAAGUUUGCCGUUCGAAUUUUGUUCUGGUACCACUUAAGAGGUUAACUAUUUGAGUCUGAACAGAAUUGUCAAUAUCAUAGUCCAAAACCCCAAUUCCCUCAGGCAUGUGGCCGGACCGCAAGUUUGCCGCUGAAUUUACCUGUUUAUGGGGUUGCCGACGUAAUCUGCCGCAGAUGAAAAAUGUGGACUAACUUCACAAAAGCAUUGACUUUUUCCGAAACAUCUCGCAUUAGAUUUCUGAUUUGAUUGAAGAAGUAACGCGCCUGUAGGCGGAUAGACCGAGUUAUGUGCUGCUAACGAGUUAUAUUGCAGUGUAUAGAUGAAGUUCGUCUACUUUGUAAACGAAGACGGCUGUUGGACUAGCUUUUCAGACCCUUGUCCUCACGCUGUAUACUGAAGCCGUAACUACUUUGUCUAAACACAUGGCGAUGCUGCACCAUGACUAUUGGGACAUCUUCGUUUUAGAAAAGCCUUCUGAAUUCUGAAAAUUUUCCAAUACUCGGAAACCGAAUAAUUUUAAAAGUCUCUGAUGCUGGAGUUCAUAUAAGGAAACUCCGUCCUGGUCAUUAUUUCCAGAAGAAGCCAAUUUCCCUGUAAAGUUCGAGUCUUAGCGAUUUGAAAUGUCUCUGGUAUGGACUUAAAAUCGUUAUUUUUAAGUUUUGCUAGAAUGCAUGACCCAUGACGCUUGUUCUCAUAAGCGUCCUUGUACACUUUUUCCCACACAUUUGCGGGGAAUAUUUUAAGAAAUUGACUUUUUGCACUUCUUGGACUUUUAUUACUUUCUGCUUAACAAGUUACCUGUUUCUUAUCUCCCGUAUCUUCGAUUGCCAUACUGCUUCCGGAAGUUCUAUAAUAUUAUUGUCUGGAUUUUACUGGAUACACACAUGCCCACAUUUCCUUUGGGACGAAACCGCAAAGUCAAUGACCACAGCGUUCGCAUAGUUUGAGGACCCCUACUCAUUUUUACUCAGGAAACUUAAUGUUACCGUUGUUCACCCCAGGCGCUUACUUGUUGCACAGUAUCAGUGAGCCCGUCCAUCCUGUCUGUUCGAUUAUAAGUGUGGCCAUCGUUUGAACACCGAACAAUAACUAUUUGUAAUGACGAAGCUAAAUCGAGAAGCCUCCCACAAUUUACACACCAAUUUUCGACAACGUAAUGGUCAGGGGCACGCUUUUUAGUCACAUCGCCUUUUCCCGUCCGGAUUUUUUGAUCCCCACAACUGACGUGUCCUGCAACCCUGGUCCAGUGGUGGGGACGAAUAGUACGCGAGCUGGACUACUCAGUCGGGGACGGACUCUUGGUAUUAGAUGCUGGAAUGUGCGAACGUUCCUGGACCCCUUUACCCGAGAUCUGACCGCGCGCAGCCUUACUUAGUACAACAUGGAUGUCUGCUGUCUGUCUGAAGUUCUACUUCCUGACUCAGGCCCUCGAGAAAUAAAAAUUUCUGGAGUCGAAUCAGACUUCACCCUGUACCACAGCGCUCUGCUCGACUCAUCUAGUAGACACGGCGUGGCUAUCGCCCUCUCGCAAAAAACGGACUUCGUUUUACUUGCUUGGAAACCAGUCAAUGACCGGAUGGCCUACGUGCGACUGGAGGGCAACCUCACGAAUACCUCUAUCGUCUCUGUGUACGCACCAACUUCAGCUGCCGAACAGCGCGAUAAAGAGACGUCUUACUCGCAGCUGCAAGCGUUAGCUGACAGACUCCCUCGCCGCGAUCUGCCGAUUGUUGCCGGGGAUUAGAAUAGUCGGUCUGGACCUGGCGACUCCACAAAUACUUAUCUUCUUGGCCACUUGAGGCUUGAUUCCCGAUGUGAAAAUGGCGUGAGAUAGCUGAACUUCGCUGAUCAGAACCGACUGCUUGUCACCAACAUGUGUUUCCGGCGUCGCAAAAGAAACGUCAGCUGUGGCCUGAUAUUAAAACGACGGUCAUACGGCCAGUCAGCUCAAGGUUCCACAGCUGGGUUCACGAUAGCAGAUCGAUGCGUGGUGCUGAGACUGGUAACGCCCAGGGGUCGGACCAUGUCCUCGUUUGUACACGUGUAAAAGUCCACCUCUCAUCCACGCCAAAAAUGUCACAUCCAAGACGCCUCGAUGUCGCAAAAAUCCGACAAACUGGCACUGUCGAGCCCUGAGCAGAGAAAUCCAGUCCUGUUUUACGAUCCGAGCCGACGGAGAAGGCAGUAACCAGUGGUCGUUAUUAAAAACUUCAGUCUAUGGGGCAGCUGAAAAAAUCCUUGGAUAUACCCAGUGACGCCGCAGUGACUGGAACAGCGGAAGAACCCUGCGGUUGUCUGCUCAGACGGCUCGAGUCACGUCCUGUAAUGAUGAUUCUUUCCGUCAACUUCCAAAUCUGACGACAAAGUCGGCCAGGGAUGAGCGGAAGCAAUAUUGGGCUGAAAAAGUGACCUCCAUGGAACAGGCCUCAAACGUUGGUGACAUACGAAAACUUAUCCGCCCAGUUAGUGGUAAGCCCUCUUAACUGAGUGACUGUUCGCGACGUGAAUGGCGACUUUAUUACUGACAACCCGCCCACGUCGAACGCUGGCGUAAGCACUUCAAGCACCAUCUCAACCUCGAUACCCAACCCACCUCGCCCUUGCUCUUCCUGCAACGGAGUUUCUUCCCUCCAAUCUAUGCAGUGCCAGGCGACCCCCCUUCUGAAGGAGAGGUCGCCGAUGCCAUACGAAAGCUACACAACAAUAAGGCACCCGGAGGGGAGGAUAUACCCGCUGAAAUCUACAACUCUUGCAUCGCCACUCUGGCGUCCUGGCCCCAUUAGGUGAUUGAGCAAGCUGGGAGAGACGGGGUUGCUCCUGAUGACUGAUGCUCAGGCAUCUUUGUACCUAUCCUCGAGAAGGAAGAUAGGAUGCGAGAGCUACUGCCCCCUCAACGCUGCUGCGAAGAUCUUCGCUAUUGUCCUACUCAGGCGAUUCCAGGCUGUGCGUGACUCUAGGAAGAGGCCUAGCCAAACCGGAUUUCGUGCUGGACGUGGAUGCGCGGACAAGGUAUUCACACUGAGGCGCAUUCUCGAAUUUCGCCAUAGCUGCCAGCAACCGACGGCAGUCUGCCUUGUUGACUUUGCCGCCGCGUUCUACUCCGUCCAUUGGGGAUCACUGAGGCGGAUAAUGGCGCUAGAUGGUGUACCGUUAAAAAUAAUCGUCAUGAUCAAGGCCUACUAUCGCUCCACCACCGCGCGAGUCCUGGUCUACAACAAUCUUUCCCAACCGUUUGGUAUCCGAUCUGGCCUUCGACAGGGUUGUAUCCUAUUUAACUACGCCAUUGACUGGAUUUUCGGAAGGGCCCUAUACGAAGGUGACGGUGUUGAAUUUGCAUCCGAACACCGACUGACUGAUCUCGACUAUGCCGAUAAUAUUGCCUUACUUACUCCAAGUUUUGGUGAUCUGCAGUCUGUUGUGUCAAGGGUGAACGGAGUCGCUAAAUCGGUCGAUUUAUCCAUAAAUGCUGGGAAGAAUAAAGUGCUUUCAACGUGAAUCCCUAACCCGGCGAAGGCACCUCGGGAUUGAUGGCAGUGAACUUGAAGAAGUAGACAGUUUUAAAUACCCCGGGGCGAGGCUCUGCCGAAUGGACAGGGUAAGGGCGACAUUGUAUCCCGAAUGAAUCCUGCCCGACGGGUUUCCUCAGGCCUUAGAAAAUACCUAUGGAUCCGACGCGACCGCUUCGUCACUAAGAUUCGCGUGUACCGUGCGUCUGUCCGGUCUGUUCUUCUCUAUGUUUGUGAAUGCUGGUCUGUGCGCGUGGAGGACGAGCGAAAACUGGAGGUAUUUGACCGCCACUACUUGAAACCCAUCCUUCGAGUGAAGUACAUUAACUCCGUCUCAAAUGAGACAGUCCGCGCUCGCUUCAACAGCAUCGCAAGGAUAACCCAGGCCAUCCAAGAAAGACGACUGAUCUGGUUUGGGCACGUUUAUCGCCAUCCACCUCUGGAGUCCUGUGUCACUGCCCUCGAUUCAGCACUGUUACCCCAUUGGAGGCGUCGAAUAGGGGGUCAACCGAAAACGUGCCUCGACACAGUUUGUCACGACAUGGAGGUGGUUCUUGGACCUUCGGUGUUUAGUCUCCGUCGUUGGCGAAGUGAAUGGGUUGUACUGUCCAGAUCUGCUGCCGCGGAUCGUCACGCGUGGAGAGGCACAGUUCGCGACAUCAUCGAGGCCGGCCAGAUCAAGCAUGGUCGCAGCCGUACCAUGUAAGCAAGUACAGUUUGACCGUCGAUUUCGACGACGUCCAUCGUGUGCCGCACAGCAGGGUGGACUCGGGGAGGGCCACCUGCACAUUAACUAGUUUGUUAUGAUACCAGACUUACGAAGCGUCUACCGCACCCCCAUCCUCCCUCACCUGGGCCCCGUGUCAUGAAAGAGUCAGGAUUACCGGAAACGGGAGAGGACGCAAGUAACUGGCACGUGCCACCGCACCGGCUCGGAUCCCACUGAGUUGGAGUGCCAUAGUAGUCACACUAAGGAGCCACUGCAUUCCAACCCACAGUCCAUGAAUCGACCGCUCAACACACAACUGGUGUGACUGUGUGGUCUGAGUUGAAGCGUCAGUUGCAACCUUCCAAGCCACGGCUUUUGGCGCACCGUGAUAAAUUCAAACGCGUCAGAUUUUAGUGAGAAAUUAUGUGCUAAGGGUUGAUAUCACUCAGCUCUAUCUUGUACAUCAGUCGACUGCCCGAGCCGGUUAGCUAACUGACGCUGAGGCCGUCUGGGCAUUUCGAAGCGCAGAUUCUACUGUGACGGUUGAUCUGUCUUCUCUUCCACAGAGCUUUCCUGAUUUGCACUUCCUUAUGCGCAAGCCAUGGUUGCCGCCGAGGACAAAAGCAGUCCUCCUAUAGGUGUUAGCAUCCAGUAGCCGAUUCUGUCGAAUCACUGUCUCGGACUUCACACCCAUUUUGAUGCCCUCGAACUGACUGAGCCGCCGAAUAAUAUGGGUACGGCCAACAUACUGUUUCCAGCCUGUGAAUAUUACGCGAUUAUUCCGCAGUAGCUGAUGGACUCCAGCUUGAACAUUCAUUUAUGAACUUUUUAAACGAGCCUAAAAAGCUUUGCUUUGAAGAAUUUACUCCAAAUUCGCACUUUAAUUCCCUCAAAAGUUAGACAUGGCUGUUUUCCCAACCACCUGUGUGAAAGUUGUUUGGUGCCGUAACCGUCAUGAGGAUCUAGGCGGAUGGCGCCUGAGUAUCAUUGGUUAAAUACUUCUAGUCGGCAGGUAUCAAAGGAUUCGAUUUUCAUUCGCACUUCAAUUGUCUCUAGUCUCACCGAGGACGAAUACGUUCCUACACUAGUUGUUUCACCUUUGGCCUUGUGUCUGCGAUCAUGUCUUCAGCGCGUGCAAUCAGUCAACUGAUGUCCUCAAACGAUUUCGCGAUUGUUUAGGUGCUUCUUUUUCUCAACCAUGCGGUCUAAGCACUUUAACUGCUUUCGCUCUCUGCCGUUAAUAAAAUCGAUUUUCACUUAUCGCACACUUUGGGACUCAACCACCCAUCGUCCUUUUCCACCGGUGAACCUGUGCUCCCCCACACUCGCCCCGGAGGCCAUGCCUAUUAAUCGGUGGAAUAUCACCGGAUCGUUUGUAUGAAGUGUCGUCAGAGGUAUUCGCGCCUCCCUGCUCGUUGCUUCUUUUCGAAACCGUCGGCCUACACCGCGCUUGAACUGGAGUUCAGUAAUUUCUCGUGUCGGCACCUGCUUAUAUCAGAUUUUUUCUAAUAUAUUUAAUUCGUGCAUAACUGCCAGCAACAAGUCGAUGGUGAGCUAAAAAGCAUUACAGAAGCUAGCGCAUCGCGAUUUACAGACGGUGUCCGCGAUUGCCCGUUUGGAUCUGUUCCUCUACGGCUAACAAGGCUAGAGUUAAUGGGACAAUUGUUGGAGCAUUAGACUGCGUCACCGCGAUGCCAGUGGUCGCAUACCUUACUGUACAUCAUACAAUCUGAAAGGUAGCACUUGCCCGUGAACCUUGGUCAUCAGUUUAUUAAUUCGUGUGUAUGUUUGUGAGCGCGACUAGAGGUAGUAAUCAUUCCCAACUUGAUCCGAUGUGAUCCAUCAAUGUGUGGGUAUGGAGUUAAAAACCUCCUAAUUCAAGUCCCCUUCUUUGCCGUGUAUGCUGCUAGACAUGGCAACACACCUUUAAUUGCUUCUUUCAACUUUUGUGAAUCACCUUUAUACUCCCUUACUGUGCUGCCUGGACAAAAUUUUUUUUAAACUAUUAGUAUUGAUUAAGAGAUACAUGUCCGAAUAUCGGUCGAUUUCCAACCGAUCUGUAGCCCUAUUCCAUUUUUGCGCUUAUUCGUCCUUUCCACAGAAAAUAUCCGCAACUUGGCACUAGAGAAAUUGGCAGCCAGCGUGCUCUUUCCCUGCAAGUACUCCGUCACGGGCUGUACCGGAACUUUUCAUCACUCGGCCAAGGCCGAACACGAGGCUGCUUGUGAAUACAGGCGAGUUGACCUAUUCAGUCUAUCUGAUGGUAUUUGUGGAAGGCGUAUGCCGUGCAGGCCGGGCUUUUUGCGUUUAUUUUCCUCGCCUCCUCUGGCAGAUCUCAUCCUCUCUACCUAUCUAUAGUACGGAUUAAAUUGACCUAAUCUCAGCGUAUGAAGACAUCCGACACCAUUGCGCUGUAAGGAUUCGCUCACGAAAUAUCACUUGGAAUUGUCUGUACCAAGGUUUCACUCUUUUAGCAAAGGAAGGUUUGACCGCUGCAACGUUACCUUUACGAGUCCUAGUUUUUAUUCACAAUUAGCGGCACCCUUAGAGUCCGCUACAAGGACACGCAGAGUGCACAGUAUACGAUGAAGUUGCGAAGUCUUCGCAUGUUUGUUGAUUGACCUGUCCCGUCAGAACGGUUUAUCUUCUAAACGUCAUUGCUAGUGUCCGUCAUUGGCUCUGUACCCACUCCCCGCACUAGACAACUGACUGGCCCGAACAGUGAAUUAGUGUCCAGGAGCGGUAAGAGAGCGUUAGGCCGACGGGCUCUCCACCUUCACUACUAACAGCCUGAAGCGUUUGAAUCUGUCACGGUGCGCCAAAAUCCGUGGUCUGGAAGGUUGCAACUGACGCUUCAACUCAGACCACGCAGUCACACCAGUUGUGUGUUGAGCGGUCGAUUCAUGGACUGUGGGUUGGAAUGCAGUGGCUCCUUAGUGUGACUACUAUGGCACUCCAACUCAGUGGGAUUCGAGCCGGUGCGGUAGCACUUGCCAGUUACUUGCGUCCUCUCCCGUUUCCGGUAAUCUUAACUUCUCCGUGACACGUGGGGGAGGAGGGCAGCGCGGUAGACGCUUUGUAAGUCUGAUAUCAUUACAAACUAAUUCAGGUGCAGAUGGCCGUCCCUGAGUCCACCCUGCUGUGCGACGCAUGAUGAACGUUGUCGAAAUCGAUGGUUGAACUGCCAUUGGCACGGUCCUUUGCUCUGAACGAUAAUGUCACUAAGGUAGUUUCAUAGUGUUGCAUCUAUCAGAGGGCUUCGAUGCGCACGUUGGUCGACUUUAGACCGUAGAGCGGUGACCCAAACAUUAUGCACGUGGUUUUUACCUGCAAAAUUUUGGUAUAAUCAAACUUUAGUGUAUGCUUUGGUCGCGCCGAGUAAGCCUCGACUUGUGAGUUAGUCCCAGUGCCCAUGUUGUAGAUGUGUGUUUGCAAAUCCCGUUCGGAGUGAUCGUUGUGUGCGCCAGGCGAGGUAUUAUGCGUACUGGACAGAUUUUCUUCCCUGACAUGCAUACUUACUGCUCUUCUAACUUUCGUCUGAGGGACCCGCAGCUUCUGAUUUACAUCAACUGCAUGCAAUCUGUUAAAGGCACGAAUAGGACCAACCUCUGGCGUCUGUGUGCGCAGUGACGUUAGUACAUACCCCCACAUUAGAGGAAAGAAGGUAGGAAGGGUGAGUGCAAUAAUCAUAGAUAAAAAGACUAGGAGAGCUGAUUGUGAGUAUUAUUCGGUUUUUUGGAAUAUGAAUACCCAGACUGUCGAAACAGCGCUCGUCUUGCAUAGGUAGUUGAACUGUAGGCCAAGCAUCACGGGGUGCCCCGAUAUGCGUAGAAGUUAACGGAUAACAGAAUAAGGAACUGAAAAUAGAGCAUUUCUUAUAGUUUUCUAAUUUGUUUUGAUAAAAUUCGGCGAAGUAAGUGCAGCGUUACUGAAAAUGAACUGGCGUUUUUCCAUCGUGAAACUUGUAUGCCACACGAUAGAAGAUGUUUCCGAUUUAUACGUGCCGUACACUCACUGCAGGAGUAAAAAUUGUAGUGAUGCAGAAUAUGGAGGGGACGGUCAUCGUUUAAAAACGACACAUUUUAAAAGGCAUAACAAGUACAGUACGUGUGCUAACUCAUUAAAUUUUAUCCGAAAUUCUGAAACGCGUUUUUGACUUGGAAAGGCUACUUAGCUAGGAUUGUACUAUUAAUUACCGCGCAGCAUUAAUCCCAAAGUACAUCAAUUACUUCAGGAUGCCAGCUUUUGGACGAACUUCUUCCCAGUCGUCUGCAAAAACUGCACUUUAAAAAUUACUACUUAAGCAGUAUGAGUUUUCGCAUUUAUUUUCGAUGCAACUAUAAAUUGGAAUGUAUUUCGCAUAAGACGAUACGAAAAUAUUCACUUUUUUAUUCAAUUGGUAGAAAAUUACGUCUUCGUCCAAUUUUAUACUUAAAGGAAAAGUACAAUCGAGUUUUUAAAAAGUUUCUAAUUAUGAGGUUUUUUGAGACCACGAAAUGCCUGUUCUAGAACGUCGUGUCUGUAUUUACUAAUGUUUUUUGUAAAGUUCACAAUAUGGCUCAAAUCCACUGCUGAAUUUUUCGAACCCCGUAUGGUCUCCUCUUAAUAGCACAUUGAAAUGUAUGAUUUUCACCACUCGUAAAACAUACAGAUUGUAGUUUGUGUGCCCUAGGUGCAAGUGUAACGGCAGGUCGGGUUCAAAAUUAUUCGGGAAUUGGAAAAGUUUUUUUAAAACCGAAUUAUAUCCUUCCUUCAAGUAUAAAAUUGAGAGAAGGCGUAAUUUUCUACCAACUGAGUAAAAGAGUGACUAUUUUCAUAUUGUCAUCCGCGAAAUACAUUCAGACUCAUAGCGACAUUGAAAAUCAAUGAGAAAACUCAUGCUGCUUAUGUAGUAAUUUUUGCAGUGUACUUUUUGCAGGCGACUGGAACGAAGUUCUUUCAAAAGCUGGCAACUUGAAGUAAUUGUAUUACUCUGGGAAUAUGCUGUCUGGUAAUUAAUACUACAACCCUACCUAGAUAAUCAUUUCGAGUCAAAAACGCAUUUCAGAAUUUCGGAUAACAUUUCAUGAGUUAGCACAUCUACUGUAUGGAAACAGUGGUCUCAGUCUCUGGGCGGAAGCACUAUUCAACAAAAGUGCGGCUUUCUUUCCGACGACAGUAUAGACUGUUGACUCGGAAGACGUCCUUAGACUAUCAGUGAACACAACCGUGUUUACCGUCCUAAAUGGAUAAAUAGGCGACACGGCUUCUAUAUUCUCUGCCUGUCAAGACUGUCUCAUUAAAACAGUUCCUGAAAGUUUUUACCGGUGCAUUGUGCUUUUGGGGCAGACAUUUUUUCCGCAGAUAACUGUUUGAGUUCCAUCAUACAUGGUUGCAUGUCGCUGCAGACUGGACUUCCGCACAAAGGCCUGCUUCUGUCCAAAUGAAAGUCAUCCCCCCUCCCCUCCCCCCCCCCCCUUAAAAAAUAAUGCCUGUAAAGCGCUUUUCUAAUAAGAGAUCGGACAGCGACCUGCGGCCACCUUUCGCGGGCACUCCUAGGAUAUCGUUUUUGUCUCCGAAAUUGCCUGUGUGACUGAACAUAUCACUUUCUAUCGUGUUUUGCUGCACAAUAUUUCACAGCUUCCCAGAAGAGACUUUUUAGAGCUCGUAGUGUUUCUUUUUCUUUAGGAUAACGUUGAGUUUUAUCUGCCAAAUUCUGCAAAUCACUUGCUCCUUCGCUUAACUUUCGUUGCGCGUAGACUUGAUCUACGAUACCUCUUAGCAUAAGGGAUUGCUUGAAUGUCAAGAAUUGCCCAUUUUCGCGAUAGAUGUCUCGUUUAUCUCUAUCAACUGCAUUAAAGGGCUAGAAAUUAAAAAUCAAUAUGUCUGAGGUCCCUCUACUAUCCAUUCCGGCUUCCGUCAUAACGCCCAGUGAAUUUCGCUGCCUCUACAUCUUUUUGCGAGUCCUAUUCACGUUUUAAUUGUCACCUUUCCUACUCUUUAAUAGACCUUAUAGUUGCCCAUGUCCGGGUGCCUCGUGCAAGUGGCUGGGUCAACUGGAUCAGGUGAUGUCGCACCUGAUGCAAAGUCAUAAAAGCAUCACCACACUUCAAGGUCAGCCUUUUUAUAAAAUUCUUUCAGACACUUGCUCUUUGCUUUAUCCGGCAGCUUAGGCUGUCACGCUCGCCUAAAGAGAUUGUUUCGGUAUUCUCUCUAGCUCUUUUUCUGGGGAUCCUCUUUUCUACUGAAGGUUUUGAUUACCACCUACACUUUUAUAUUAUUAUCAUUGUCUUUGAGGCACCUUUUAGAGUGUGUUUCGAGGGUUCGCAAAGGCAAAGCCUGUUUGCAGGUUUUUCGGAAAAAGUUGAUCCUGCAGAGUAUUGUACUUGAGAAUCUCCGAACGUCACUACGCCAAAAUGGCAAGCAUCCUCGCAGAUACCAGCCAGGUUAACGUGUAUCUGUUUCUCCCUCCUUAAAAGAACAUAGACGUAUACUUCAUUUUGUGAGCAUGAUGCAUGUAGUGAUUUUGCGGACUAAAGUCUAAACUUCUGACUGUUUUGUGGAGCAAACACCAUGACCCGCACGCCCGAUUUGAUUUGUCGAGAGGAGCAAUUUCUUGCUCCGCAAACACUCACGUCUUUCACAGCAUAUACACUAUCCUUGAGUUUGUGCUUACACCUCUGAUACUCAGGUCGAGUCCCAAAAACGGGCACUGUCAACUCGGACAAACCCUCAAUAAACGUCCCUUUUUUCAGUACCAGCCACUGCGCCCAAUCUCAUCUGUGGUCAGCCUUAACCAUUCUUUAGCCUAUGGGAGAGGCGAGAAACGGUGAAGCGGACCGAUCGCCAUUAACUUUCAGACCACUUGAAGACGUGGACGCUGAGUUCAUUUCUCCCCAAACUUAUCUUUCGUCCCUCGCCGACCUUGUUUUACUUGGGACGGACAUGAGUUGGUUAGGCGAGGGCGUGGUGAAAAUACAAGUGCGGCAGCUGCAUACGAGCACAUGUUCUUCGCUCUAACCGGUCUGUGUCUGACUGCUUGCGCCCGCAAAACCCUAACGUCGUAGCGUUUUUUAGCUUGCCGUCGUGUGUGCGAAAUGAAUCUGUCGGUUGCAAACAAUGCGCUCCAUCGUACUUUAAAUUACCACACUCUACGCUAUAUCGGUGGUUCCGUUUAAUCAUGCUAACAAACAUCUACUGACGUCCUCAGGGUAGGCUUGUCACCUGAAGCGAUCAAGCUGAUAGCGGGCCUUCUUCAUUUUUCCUCCUGCAUGUUACUGUGUGUACAGUUAGGGACCUAACUCCUGAAAUGUGUCGAAAUUUACGAAUGAUUGCCAAUCACUCGCAUACCGACACCAUUUCAUGAGUCCAAUGUCUAUGUUAUUUAAGUACAAGUUUGAAAGAAUUAAAAACAUAAUAGAAGUAUUAAAGGCAGUGUUGCGUUGUUUAGAAAUGCCGAUUUAUUUUGAAAAGCGCAAUAUCCUGAAAAUGACUCUAAUUUAGUAAAGUUCGUUUUUAGAUGUAUAGGAUGUAUUCUCAUAUCAAAAACGUAUUAAAUAUGAAAGUAGAAAUAAAAUAACGUCUUAUAAUAGUGUUUUAGUGAAGUUUACACCCAAAUAUCGUUUUAUAAUUAGUGUGAUUUCAUAUAUGACGGUUUGUCAACUGCCUACAUUCUGAGUGUAGAUUUAACAACAGUUUUCCGGGGUUUCAUGUUAUCCUUGACUCUUUUGAGUUAAAUGAGAGAGCAAUAGAAACUAGAUUUUGCUUGAUUUCACCGAUGGGGACGUCGUAGUAGCAAAAGUUUUCAUAAGGUGACAUGCCAUGAGACCGCUGGAUGCCUAAUAAAUUUAAAUAGAACUGACAGGCGUGAUCGUAAACAUACUAUUUUGUGUUUACAAAGAUAACUUUUCUUCCAUUAAAUUAAUUUACACUUUUCGUUUUGGAUUACGUCGAGUUUCAGAUCGGCCUCGAAAUGUUGCUGAAUACUUCAUGAUUUUCAGUGUUUUCACCCAAUCGUCCAUAAAGACAGAUUCUGAAUUACCUGUCUGUUAAGAACUUUAAAAUAAGAUUAUUCUUGAAGGCAUUUACCGAAUUAAUGAGUGUUCGGGCGCUCCUUUUCAUGAAGAUGGUCGUUUGGGUCACAUGUGAAGACUCAUUCAAACAUCAAACUUCAUUUUGGAGAAAAAUGGCUGUUCACAACGAAAGUCACCAAUGAAUAUGCCUUCGAUCAAUAAGAAAACUUUCCUUAAUAAGUUACCUCUUUAAGAAGUGCUUUAUUACUGCACUCCACUGACGGAUCUCUGGGUACUUUGCAUUUCUGCACGGUGAGGCCAAGUAAAAAUUUUACACUUUUGGCCGUUUCUUUCACGUUCCUAAACAAUACUGAUAUUUUUCUACCGUGAACGUAAGAACAUGCCUUUCUCCGUAUAUUGAGUCCAUUUCCACUGUUUUUGUUUGCUUUUAGACUCCGUUCUUCGAUUAUAAAUGCACGAUAGAGCGCCCAUAUAAAUACUGAUAUUUUGCUGAAACUAUUAGUGUUUUGCUCGUUCUAUUUCUGAAUAAUGUAUGCACAGAAACUAAGCUACACGAAAAGUAGUGUUUCAUAUGUUUAAAACUGGAAAUGACCAUUUGGUGGUGGUCACUUAUGUGACAUCAGGUACAGUUUUUCAAACGACAAAACAAUUUUAGCUCAUUUAAACGAAGGAAUCCCUAUCUGCGUUAUUACUGCACUUUAGGACACCAAAUCGCCCAGAUCUGCUAAUUUGGCAUUUAGGGACUUAUAAAACCUCUGGUUUUCUUAAACUAACCGUUGUGUUAGGUUGAUUACCACGGUUAACGUCGGACAUAAAAUAAAUUUUCUAGUUCGGCUAAAUCUGUUUAUUAAAACUCGCGCUUUCAAUGAAAAAGUCGCUCAGAUGCGUAACCGGAGUCUAGGGCAUGUAUCAGCAUAGGAAAUUGCACGAAUAUAUUGCAACGUCAAUGUUCGCUAAAAUUUACUGAUAUUUUACUUGAUAUAAUUACGUAAACACAAUUUCUGCACAAGAAAAGGACAUUUUAUUGAAGGAAGUGGAUGAGCGAACAAAAUGCGCAGCGUUAAAGACGUCCAGAAAUUCUCUCAUCAGUUUCCGUCAUCAGAUUUCAUGAGAUAGGUCACGUACUGUAUAUUUCCCGCCUCUUCCUCAAACGGCGCCUCCCUGUAUGGCAAAUGAGUAUCGAAUUACAGUUCGCGUUUAAAUGUCUCAGCCUAGAUGCCCCAACACAAGCUUGAGGGCUGCGGUUGAUUUUGCCUUUCUCGCCUUUUUAACCGUUAUAUUCCAGAUUUUAUUUCCUUAUCCACACUCAUCAUGCUCCUCUCCCCUCCCUCGCACGAAAUGCUUUAGGUGAGGAUAUUGUGUUUCUAGCGACGGACAUUACACUGCCGGGUGCCGUGGACUGGGUCAUGAUGCAGUCUUGUUUUGGCCAUCACUUUAUGCUGGUUCUGGAGAAACAGGACCGUGUGCCAGACCAGCUCUUCUUCGCUCUGGUUCUCCUUAUUGGUACCAAGAAACAGGCGGACAAUUUUGUGUACAGGUAGACUUCAGUGAUGCGCAUACCUCCCCUGUGCUGUAGCAGUUUUUUUUCGUUCGUCAGGACAUACCACGUAAAAACAGCCAGUUUGAUAGUAAUGCCUCAUUUGUUGCCUUUUGCUCCUGCUUCCCAUCUAGCCCUAAAACAUCUUAGUCCUUUCUCCCCUUGCUGCCUCUCCGUAACUCGUACUCAUUGGGAGAGGGGGCUUCAGGAAGGACUGCACCACAGUCCGAGCUACGCCGUAAGGGGAGAAAAUAUUUGGAUGAAGGAGUGAAUGCGUAGAAGUAAAACCCCGGAGUAAAUUUGGGUCACGGUUUAACCCUUUAAUUCGGAUCAGUUACCAGUCCUCCAUACUGUUAUCUCAGAGCUUUUUCAAUCAUACCAUCUUCUUCAGCAGCACCUCUGCCCGAUUCGUCUUCGUUUUGGUUAACUGUAGCUCCCACUUCGGGAUGAGUUGUCUUUAUUUCGAUUGCUUUGAACCCCUCUGCCUUCCUCGCUCUGUCAGUUGCAAAUAACAGGCAACUGUAUAACUGACCUUCCUAUUGUGAAAAAAAUUCUAGACGUAAUAAACAAGUCAGAAUUUUAUGCCAGAUGGUCUUUAGGAUUGGCCUGUGCCUUCCAUAAAGCAGAUAAAAACUUAGGUUCUCGGCAGUUCUUCCAGCCCGUACGGGGACGGGGGAAGCAGCCCAAAACGUCGCUAUAAGCAGCGGAAUGGCCGCAAACAUAAACACAGGGGAUGCACACUUCGCUUCAUGAUUAGGCUUAGAGUAAUACUGGUACUCCCGUCUGAGGAAACCGCUGUUACUCACCCACCAUUGUCGGGUCAUUUUUCGUGCUUUUCAACUUCUGGGGUUCUGCUCUUUUCUUCCAACAACACCUUGUCUUGUCGAGGCUAGCGAGUUAUUGCUCGUCCUUCGUUUUAUCACUGGAAUUCCCCACUCUUUGUGCACCUCCUUGCAGUGCUGGGUUGUUUGUCAUUCACGAAGUGCGAAAAUGCAUAAGUAUUGUUGACAGUAGUAUUAUUCCUGUUCGGAAUAGUUUUUAGUGAAAGUGACGAAAACGCCAAGCCUCGUGUCAAAUGGUCAAACUCCAUUCGUAUAAGUACAUAAUGCACGUCCAUACAAGUAAAUAAGCACAUAAAGUAGCAGAAACAUAGCAUCGCGCAUAAAAGCAUCCUUAGGUACUCGUCGGACUAAAUUUUCUCCAAGAAUUAAUGUAGAAUGCAGUAUAGCAGUCUAUCGAUCGUCUGGUGUUUAAUAAUGGAUUUCAAAAUGGUAUUUCGAGAUUUCGACGGGACUUUUUCGUUUUCACAUUGCUCGAGGUGCGGUUAACUACGGCGAAGAUGGUUUUGUUUGAUUUCUUGAGUUGGACCGUUGCGCAAAUACAGUCUUCGUACAUGUUGCGAGACAAGGCAAUGACCAAGCAGUUGGAAUAUAAUUAGCACAAGCAAACCUAGGCAUAUCAUUUCCUGUACAUUAGGGUAAUUCGGCUUUCUGCCCCCUAGGGCGGACUCUGCAGUCUAUGGCUAACAAAGUAAAGCGAAUCUUGAAAGCUUCCACGUACGUAGUGGAUUACGAACGCUCUGUUGUGUAAAUGUCGGUUUAGUUCAUAGUUGUAGGCUCACCUAAGCGUGAAACCUGGUCGCCGACGAAAGUGCACGCCCUCUUGCAGAGAAACACGCACAAACGUGCAGAUGUGGUUUAGGAUAACUGUUCCAUAUGAAACUGUCUGCAUCUUGUGAGGCGGGGGGUUUGUUUCCGCCCAAAAAUGUUCACAUUUUCGUUUAACAAACAUUCUUGGAACAUAUUCUUCGCGAGAGAAAGGUCUUUGACAUAGCACAUGAAUUAACAAGCGCACCGCGUCUCUACUACACCAGUCCGGCCGUUUGAAUUUCGGUCGUCGUGUCUCUUUAGUUUUCGCGCCUACUGUAGAGAUCUUUCAUCUCAAAAUAUGAAUUAAUUUGACCACAAUUGCCCAAAAUCGGGUGGACGUUUUCCUUGUCUGCAACUCUCAUAACUCCUAUUCCAUUGUGACAAAGCAUCGAAAAUGCUUUUUAAAUUUGAUUUAUACAUAUCUUGUGGUUUGCUAUCUCAAACUAUUGACCGCCUUGACCGUGCAACUGGUUCAGCAUCACUUUUGCUCGAACCGUAAAAUUAGCAUGGGCCGUUCGCAUUUCUGAAUACUCAGCUGUCGACUUAGAAUUGAACUCCAUUGCACCCUCACAUUCGGCCGGUCCUUGCUAUUUCUAAUAGUCUCUCUCUGUGUGUGUUCAUAUUAUUCCGUUUUACCGUGCUAUUUUCCUUUAACCUCUCCCCCCACUUCUUCGCCAGACUCGACUUGACUGCCCCCACACGCCGACUUACCUGGGAGGCGACCCCACACAGCAUUCAUGACGGCGUUCAGGCGGCAAUUACUAUCUCAGACUGCCUCGUCUUUGACUCCAACACUGCGCAGUUAUUUGCAGAAAACGGCAGCCUCGGUAUUAAUGUGACCAUUUCCAAGGUUCGGGGUUCCUGGUGA